GAAAUAUUCGUCUCCCCAUUUCAUUAUGAAAUUUCCGUCUACCCCUCCUACGUAUUGUAUUCUCUUUCUCUUUUUCAAAUAGUUCCAUUCAAAAUACAAAUUCAACAUUCUCUCGAUUUCCCUUGAUACAGCGAAAACAGCAACGGUCCAAAUGCAUCUUGGUGAUGAGGGAAAUUUAUAUUGAUCUACAACUAUUCCGGAAACGUACGUUCUGGACCUAGACCAUCAUAUUCGACCGGAAAUUCCUGUUUUUGUCCAACAAAACAUCUGCUUGCAAUUUUCUGCGUAUAUUUUGCCAAAACAUCUACUCUCUUCCACUCCUUUCUCGUGGGAAUAUAGACAACUUUGAUGUACAUAAUGUACGCACGAUCUACCCGUCGUUCCAAACAGAGUAUUACUCGGGAGUCAUAUCUACAACAAGAUCAAACGACAGUAUUUGAGGGUCCGGAAUCUAUGAUGCAGAGCCAACAAUAUCCACCCGUCUUUCCUCAAGAUUUAAAAGAAGCUUCAAUGCUCUAUUCAAUGCUUCCAAAUAUUGUACAAUCACGCUUACCUCGCAUACCAUCCAUUCGAAAGUCCGUUGACAUAUAUGGAUUUGUGAGUGGCCGAAAAUCUGAAAGCACUUUAUCUGGCGCAAAUACUCCAGGAUCCAUAUCCUCAUCGUCAACAACGACCCUUAUCAAUGAACGGAGCUCUAUAUCUAGUGAUGGAGAAACGGAUAGCUAUUUCUUGGAUGAAUCGCAUUCUUCCGAUGAAGAGUUUCCUCAACUUCUCAAGAACGGCCAACUCCAGGCGAUAGAGUUUUUUGAGACAAACUCUGGCAUUGCAUGGAAAUUUGCAAACCAAGGAUAUAAUCUUCUUGCUCUUGCACUUGAGGAAUCAUCGGCAAUUUCCCAAAACACUCGAUUUAGCAAUACUUCUUUAGCGAGACAACUUUAUGUCCACGGUUUAACCUACUUACUUCGAGCUCUUCCUUCGGAUCUUUCGACAGAAGAAAAGAUAAGUCUACAAAGUGCUAUGCCAGCAGAAAUGGUAGAAUCCUUACAAGAAGAAUCCCAUUCCGGUGAAAAUAGUCAAGAUUCAAACACUGGUGAACCCCCUUCGGUCCUCCAAAAGAGUAUUGCAGCUAUUAUCAUUCAGUUGUUUAUACUGUUCCAAUUUAUCUUGCCGUAUCUGAAACAUCUACUCACAUCAGCAUAUCAAUAUGAUCGAACACAUAAAAUAUCAGAAAAGGUUCUGUCCAGGGGUAUAGUGACAGUUGAUACUAUUGGAAAAUCGGGCUUAGCGGUGACGGGCGCGGUUUAUGGAAUGAGUGAUGGGAAGGUUGGCCAAGCUAUUACGGAUGCGGUGGCUUGGGCUGUCGAAGGAGUUACGGGGGGUUUACAUGAAGGCGUUAGUGAAGGAUUGAUAAUGCUGGGUGCGAGGAAUAGUACUUCGCCUAAGAGAAAGUAGAAAGGAGGAGACUUCUAUCAAAUAAAGCACAUUUGGCGGGGUUAAUUUUUGACGAUAGAUGAAUGGUGAUACCCAUGUAUAGAACGGGAGUUCCUUUCGGAUAUAGGAUGAACGAACACUGGUAUUUGGGAGUAGAUAGGUUAGAAGGAAUUCGUGUUUUUCAAUGCAUCGAUACACGUCCACGAACAAAGACUCCUAAUACGUUGUAGUGGUGUAUCUAGAUGGGAUCUAAUUGGUGUACAUGGGGGCGAGCCCCCAAACCCCCAUACCUCGCUGCGCUCGAAUAUUCGUUAUCAAAAGUUUCUACUACCACCUCCUUUAGCUCGGCUUGCCUGAAUCUUUCCCAUAACUAUUGCAGAUUUUUAUGAACGGGAAGAGAGAGCUGCAAGCUAAUCACGACGAAUCAUUA